CCAUUGUCACUCGCAUCCACACCGAAGGUGGUAAGACAGCUACUGGUAAGUCUAAUUUGCGCCUUCCUUCCGACUUCCAAAGCCCUCUAUUUUGGGAAUAUUUCUAAUCUUGCCUUCCAGUGACCAUCACCCUCCAAGAGACAGCAUUGACGUCGGCCUUGGCAACUACCUUCACCACCUCCUCACUGUUGCCAAUCAUCACAACCAUGAUGACUACUGAGCUUCCCUCGCUGACUACCUCCACGCUUUCGUCUACCGAACAGAACACGCCGCUGCCCAAGUCGACUGGUUCACCUAACGAGGAACCCCAUGUUACACUUCCCAGGAACACAUUGAUCAUCAUCAUUUCUGCUGUUGUCGGUGGCAUCAUUCUCUUCCUAGUCUUCCUCUGCAUCAUGCGCGCUUACAUGCGCCGAAGACAUGCGAUCAAGGAAGAUGCUGCUGCUGAUGCUGCUGCUGGCAUUCAGGAGAGUGAGCAGGGAGAGUCUUCUCGCCAGCACUUCAACGAAAACGGCCACAGCAUGGCCAUGUCUCAAUCUACCUCACGUGCGUACUCGGAGCCUGACUUAUCCCAGCACUAUCACGCGUCCAGCGAGGUAGCCAACGCCAGUUUCCGCACCUUGCCUGCCGCAUACCCUGCGUACGAGCUGCAUCCAGCACGGGUUGUCGCUGAGCUUCCCGCCGAGCUUCAUGGUGUCGGCCACCCGCAUUACGUUUAUCGAGGUUGAAGUCAGACGGAGGGUGUUGGUUUUGAGAAAGGCUCGGCAGCUUAUCGUGGUAAGCAUUGGGUCUAGGUUGAGGAACAGAGGUUCUGGAUUCACUUGCAUCG